AUGGUGGCCUUAUCGACUCUUGACUCGCAAUCCUCAGUAGCUCCCCCUGAUCCCUCGUCGUGCUGCUACCCUCCCAUUCACAUCUUGUUAUCGCUCUCCGUUCUCUCUCCCCCCCUCUCCCCCUCUCCCCCUCUCCCCCCUCCACCCCGCAUCCCCUCACCCUCCCAGCUGCCCCUCUUACCUGGAGUGUAUGUGGCGGCUCUGCCCCGCCCAGUGCGCCAGAUCACCAUCAACCGCCUCCUCGCCUCUCCUGCCAACCUUGCCGCCUCCGGAUACUGCUCACCGAGGACAACGAUGAAUGAGAGGGUAGCGAACACGAUGCUAGCGCGCAUGGUGUAUGAGUGCACCGUCGCUGCCAACAGCCUGGAUGCCAUCCGCUGCCUGCAGACACACCCCUUCGACCUUGUGCUCAUGGAUGUGCAGGUGAGCGGUGCAAUGCGGUGCAAGUGCAUGGGGGGGGCAUGGACGAGCGUGGGGGUGCAAGUGCGUGGGGUCAACUAG